AUGUUGGCCGUAGGUGCAAAACGCGCUCGAAUCUACGACUAUCUUCUGGAACACGAUCAGAAUGUCAUCCAAGUUGAUGUGGAUAACAUGGUGCGUGAGCAUAAAUCGUCGGUGUCAAGUGUUGACGAUAACGAAGCUACCGCGAGAGAAGUCGCGACUUUCGCAGCAGCUGAUCCAGAGAACGUUGCAUCUAUUGCAGAUACUGAUGCAGGUGAAACGGGUGUCAUAUCGCUGGCGAGUGCACACAUGCGCCGUGUAUAUGGCCGAUUUAGCGAAGUGCUGCUAGAUACCCCCACCGUCCGAACAUGCCUACAUCGAUGA